AUGCGUCCGUGGAGGUGUCUCGCAAUGCCCAUGGAACAAUACACAGCCGUACCGCUUGACGAGCACGCCUCGAAUCCCCAUGCUUCUCGCAAAGAUGGCCUUGGAAGCAGUACACUAAUGGCUGUAUUUGGAUUGGUGGCAAGUGCGGUGAUUUGCUUUGUCCUUGGGUUCGCCGUUGGACAGAGUUGGGACGGAGGGAAGCGUGUGUUAGGCAUGGAUUGGUCUCCAUCAGAAGCUGGACUUCUCCCACCACAAGCCUUUCUUCCUGACAUUCCGAUGAAGGAAAUGAAGUUUGACUUUCCAACCAAGUAUGAAGAUAACGGACCUGAGGGUGAUGAGUUGUGGAAUGAUAUGAUGCCGAUUGGCUCAGGAUUCAUACGUGUACCUUAUCCGAGGAGGUUCGAUAUGCCGCAGAGCAAAGCCAUUGAAUCUGAUCCUGAAGAAGGCGAAAUCUAUUCUUUGUCAAUCAUGCAUCAGCUUCACUGCUUGGCAGUUAUUAGACACGUAAUAAUGAAGUACGAGAAGAGAGACAAAUCGCGGUUCGCCGGCGAUGGGCAUGAGUAUCAUUGCAUUGACUACAUAAGGCAAGCUAUCAUCUGUGCAGGCGAUACUACGCUUGAUUAUGCGGAAGCUGUUACGGGUUCUGAUGGUAUUGAGCGCCGCUUGGGAUUUACUGGGGCCAAUUCCACACAUCAGUGUCGAGACUGGGAUGCUAUUCGCGAAUGGGCUAUUGAGAAUAGAUCAGGUGAUAAAGCUGGAAUUCUGCUUUGA